GUGGCAGGCGAUCCGUGGCCGCGGGGCCAUCCCUCACCCGGCCAGGCUUUGCGGGCGGCCAGGGAAAGGGGCUUUCUCCUUCGGCGGCUCUUUUCCCGCGAGGCCGGCCCACGCGAGGGGCCCUUGGAGGGGUCUCGAGGCACCCGGGGAGGGAGAGGAGCAGAGGAGCGGAGGAAGAGAGCGAGAAGAACGCCGAGUCGUGCGGAAAGCUCGGGCUCCAUCGCGGAUUCACCCCCGUUCAUAGGGCUCGGAGACUUCAACCCACCCGCCCUUGACCUUGACUCGGAGGGGAGGCGCCGAAAGAAGACCGGAGCCCCCCGGCUCUCUCCAGCCCGAGCAAGUGCAAAGCUGGACAAGAAAGCAAGCCGAGCCCAAGGCUUCUUUCCGAAGGAGUCCGCGCCCCGGACUCUCCCGCGGGAGGCAGCGGAGGAGGAAGGCAGGGAAGCGGAGGGGCAGCCCCGGGCCCUACUAUGCCAGUGAGGCCCCCCGCCAGGCCUCUUCCUCGUCCUCGUCCUCGUCCUCUUCGGAUCCGCCAUGAAGGAGAAGUCCAAGAACGCGGCCAAGACGCGGCGCGAGAAGGAGAACGGGGAGUUCUACGAGCUGGCCAAGCUGCUCCCCUUGCCCUCGGCCAUCACCUCGCAGCUCGACAAGGCCUCCAUCAUCCGCCUCACCACCAGCUACCUGAAGAUGAGGGCCGUCUUCCCGGAGGGUCUUGGAGAUGCCUGGGGACAGCCGAGUCGGUUAGGCCCCUUGGAUAAUGUGGCCAAGGAGCUGGGCUCGCAUUUGCUUCAGACUCUGGAUGGAUUUGUUUUUGUGGUAGCAUCUGAUGGCAAAAUAAUGUAUAUCUCAGAAACAGCUUCUGUCCAUCUAGGUUUAUCUCAGGUGGAACUCACUGGUAAUAGUAUUUAUGAAUACAUACACCCAUCAGACCAUGAUGAAAUGACAGCAGUGCUAACAGCUCAUCAACCUCUUCAUCCUCAUCUUUUGCAAGAGUAUGAAAUAGAAAGAUCUUUUUUUCUGCGCAUGAAAUGUGUCUUGGCCAAGAGGAAUGCAGGACUGACAUGCAGUGGUUACAAGGUGAUCCACUGCAGCGGCUAUUUGAAGAUACGACAGUACAUGUUGGAUAUGUCUUUGUACGAUACCUGUUACCAAAUUGUUGGUCUGGUUGCUGUAGGUCAAUCAUUACCUCCCAGUGCAAUCACCGAGAUAAAGCUUCAUAGUAAUAUGUUUAUGUUCAGAGCAAGCCUGGACCUAAAACUAAUAUUUCUGGAUUCUAGAGUGACUGAAUUGACUGGAUAUGAGCCACAGGACCUGAUAGAGAAAACUCUCUACCACCAUGUACACGGAUGUGAUGUAUUUCAUUUACGAUACGCUCACCAUCUCUUGUUGGUGAAAGGACAAGUCACAACCAAGUACUAUCGAUUGCUAUCAAAGAAUGGUGGCUGGGUUUGGAUCCAGAGUUAUGCCACCAUUGUCCACAACAGCCGUUCAUCACGACCUCACUGCAUCGUGAGUGUCAAUUAUGUACUAACAGAUAUAGAAUAUAAGGAACUUCCAUUAUCAUUGGACCAGGUCACAAUUUCUAAAUCACAGUUCUCAUGUAGAAACUCAGUAUCUACCUCACAAGAAACAAGAAAAGCAACAAAACCUAAAAGUAAUAAAAUGAAGACAAAACUCAGAACAACUCCAUAUCCACAGCAGCAAUACAGCUCCUUCCAGACAGACAAACUGGAAUGUAGCCAGGUUGGAAGCUGGAGAUCCAGCUCCACAGCAAAUUCUGCCACUGUCCAAGAACAAGCCUUCCAUUCAGAAAACAGCGAACUUUUAUAUACUCCAUCGUACAGCUUACCAUUCCCUUACCAUUAUGGACCCUUCCCCGUAGACCCUCAUGUAUUCAGUAGCAAAAAACAAAUGCUGCCUUCUAAAUUUGGGCAGACUCAAGGAACACCUUGCGAAGUAGCUCGGUUUUUCUUAAGUACAUUACAGACAAGUGGAGAGUGCCAAUGGCACUAUGCCAAUUCUCUUAUACCAGGCAGCCAAUCGCCAUCUAAAAGCCCUUCUGAUCAAUCAGCAAGCAACGUACGCCACAAUCUCUUACCAGGCUAUGAAGUGCCGCUGUCACACAGACGAUACAGCCAAGAAGAAGGUAUAUCUGACAGUUUCUCAAGUUGUCCCACACUAACACCAAGUAAUCGAUACAAGGAAGAGAUCUAUGAUUCCAGCAUUAUAAAACAUAGCAAAAUGGAAAGCAGAAUAUAUCCAGCACAUCACCAUCUGAUCAAAGAAGAAAAUAAGCUAGCUUUCAACAGAGAAGUACAAGACAAAAAUGUCAAUGAAAAGCCCUUUUCAAACUCAUUAACUAACUCUUUUUUGUCCAAAUCAGAAUGUUUCCAAGCUAAAUCUAUUGGACCAUUAAGCCAUCUUCUCCCAGUUCCAACAGUUUAUGAACAAACAAGAAGAAUGUGUACAAAAGAGCCCAAAUAUGAGCAUGUUGCCCAUCACUCUUCAAAUAUGGGUGAGCUGGCAGCAGACAAUAGAAUGCCAGUUAAGCUUGACCAAGACUCUGAACAUGAUCACACAGUUGAUAUGAGGCACACAGGACAAGUCCCAUUUGUUCUUCUGAACUACCACCGGGUUUUGGCCAAACAUGGCACAUUUCAAACAUCCUCGUGCACUGCCACAGAACACAGAGCAGAAACUUACGGACACAGUUCUGAAGAAGUAAAUAUGUUUUACAAAAACCAAAGUCCCUCAUCUGCCUCUUCCCCUGAGACUCACAAGGAACCUGCACUUCCUCAUUAUAUUGGAACUUCUGUAAUAAUAGCCAAUGGAAGGUGACAGUCAUGGAACAAUUUUAAACUAACUGAUUAAACAAUUGUUUCCAAAAAUGCGAACCUACACACACAGUAAGCAUGGUAAAAGUCAGCUGAGACACAAACUUGCAUGUGUUCUUGGCAAGCCAUGUUGAACAGUACUUCUAAGGUCAGGAAAAAAUGUAUCUAAGCUUCAGUGAUUUAUUGUUACAGAUUAAUCUCUGUAGUUGAUUCUCCCAGUAAUCAUUCAUUCGACAAAUCAAUUUUGUUAUUUUGCAGGUUUACUACUUAUAGUUCAUUUACCAACACAAAGAUUUACUAUGUUUUCUUGUAAAAUACAUUUCCAAAAUCCUUUGGAUCAAAAA